AUAGGCAUCUAUUGGAGGUAGCUCGAUCUCUUAUGUUCAUCAUGAAUCUACCCAAAGCAUAUUGGGGAGAUGCAAUUCUUGUAUCUGCUUAUCUUAUAAAUAGAAUGCCUCUCAAGACCAUUGACUUUAUGAGUCUUUUGGCGGCUCUACAAGGGAAGAAUUCAUAUGUUGUUCUACCAAAAGUAUUUGAGUGUGUUUAUUUUGUCCAUACUAGGAUGACAGGGAAAUUGGACCCCAAGGCCCUUAAAUGUGUGUUUAUUAGGUAUUCUCCGACACAAAAGGGAUACAAGUGUUAUCACCCUCCCUCUAGAAAAUACUUAGUCAGUAUGGAUGUUACCUUCCGAGAAACUGAACCCUACUUCAGUACUACUGCCCAUUCACCUUUUCAGGGGGAGAAUAAUGAGUAAGAAGAGGUGAUUCCAAAUUUUGUGAUUCUGAAUAAUAUGGUUCAACUAGAGAGUUUGAAUUCUAGUAGACAGGGGAGAUGUCCAGUUAGGGAGAAAGAAUUGGUCGUUUGGACAAGUCAGAUUUAAGAAGAUAUUCGAGGAGAGACAAGGUAGAAGAAGCCAUUAUGCAAUCUACUUAGAGUCAAUAAUUUUCUUCUGGUGAGUUACCUAGUCAAGAAUCUUCUUCUGGUAAGUUACCCACAACUUUUAAAUGCUCCAAUGACUUAGAUAAACCUAUUGCACAAAGAAAAUGGGUCAAAUCUUGUACUAAACAUCCUAUUUCUAACUUGGUUUCUUAUGAAUCCUUGUCUCCUUCAUAUAGAGCCUUUGCCUUGUCUAUGUUCUCUGUGUCUAUUCUACAGGAUUGGAAGAAAGCUCUUGUAGAUCCUAAAUGGAAGGAAGCAAUGAUUGAAGAGAUGAAAACAUUGGCUAAAAAUGAGACUUGGGAGCUUGUUACUCUCCCACCUGGGAAGAAACUCGUUGGCUGAAAUGAAUUUGUUGGAGGUGAAACACGGUUUGCUCCAGAUUGCUGAAACUUUAGACUUUCUCCACAACAAUGCACAUCUCAUUCACCGGGCAAUAUCUCCUGAGAAUACCCUAAUCACUUCAAGUGGUGCAUGGAAGCUUGGCGGAUUUGGUUUUGCAAUCACAGGGGACCAGGCUUCAGGAAACUUGCCUAGUUCUCAGGCCUUUCACUAUGCUGAGUAUGAUGUCGAGGAUUCUAUAUUGCCGCUCCAGCCAUCUCUAAAUUAUACUGCUCCUGAACUUAUUCGAAGCAAAUCACCUUCAGCUGGAUGCUCUUCUGAUAUUUUCAGCUUCGGAUGUCUUGCCUACCACUUGAUUGCUCGCAAGCCUUUGUUUGACUGCCACAACAAUGUCAAGAUGUACAUGAAUACCUUGAAUUACUUGUCCAGUGAAGCUUUCUCCUCUAUUCCGCAAGAUUUAAUUCCUGACCUGAAGAAGAUGAUCUCUGCAAAUGAGUCUUUCAGGCCAACAGCAAUGGAUUUUACAGGUUCUUCAUUUUUCCGGAAUGACACUAGGUUGCGUGCUCUUCGAUUCCUGGACCACAUGCUUGAAAGAGACAACAUGCAGAAGUCUGAGUUUUUAAAAGCAUUAUUAGAUAUGUGGAAAGAUUUUGACUCCCGUGUAUUGCGGUAUAAGGUACUUCCAUCAUUGUGUGCAGAACUUAGGAAUAUGGUGAUGCAACCAAUGAUUCUUCCCAUGGUUUUCACAAUAGCAGAAUCUCAGGAUAAAAAUGAUUUUGAGCUAUCAACAUUUCCAGCUCUCAUUCCUGUCCUGAAUACCGCUGCAGGCGAGACACUUCUGCUUCUUGUGAAGCGUGCUGAACUCAUUAUUAACAAGACUAGUCAAGAGAACUUAAUAUCCUAUGUCCUGCCACUGCUUGUUCGAGCUUAUGAUGAUACUGAUCCCCGCAUUCAAGAGGAAGUCCUGAAAAAAUCUUCAUCUCUUGCUAAGCAACUUGAUGUUCAGCUAGUGAAAAAUUCAAUUUUGCCUCAUGUCCAUGGGUUAGCUCUAAAAACAACUGUUGCUGCGGUCAGAGUCAAUGCUCUGUUAUGCUUUGGGGAUCUUGUUCACACACUCGACAAACAUGCUGUUCUGGAAAUCUUGCAAACAAUUCAACGUUGUACAGCUGUUGACCAUUCUGCUCCCACCCUUAUGUGCACCCUUGGGGUUGCUAAUUCAAUUCGUAAGCAGUAUGGAAUAGAUUUUGUAGCAGAACAUGUCCUUCCACUACUUGUCCGUCUUCUCACUGCCCAACAAUUAAAUGUUCAGCAGUUUGCCAAAUAUAUGCUCUUUGUGAAGGAUAUCCUCAGGAUGAUAGAAGAAAAAAGAGGAGUUACAGUAACAGAUUCUGGAAUUCCAGAAGUGAAGCCAACACCUGUUCCCAAUGGGCUUCACUCUCAAGCCUCAAGCAAAACAAGUGGAACUGUUGCUCGUGCAUCACAAAAUAGCGCUUCAUGGGAUGAGGGUUGGGGUCCCGUCUCCAACGGGCCUACUACUAUGAAUCAGCCUUCUAUAAGCAAGUCAUUAUCUACCCCCUCUAUUUCGAGUAAUCAGCCAAUUCAAUUAACUUCUUUGCAAUCAGAAUCUUCCUUGAUCACUGCUGUAUCUGGUCAGCAAACAGCUACAUCAUGUCCUGCAGUUGACAUUGAAUGGCCUCCUCAAGCAUCUUCAGGUGUAACCCCAAAGUUAGAUUAUGUUGAUAAGCAAUCGCAAGCAUCAAAUAUGCAAACAACAUCUUCAAGUUUUGAUGAUCUAGAUCCUUUUGCUGAUUGGCCUCCAAGACCUAGUGGUACUUCCACUGCAUCUGGAACUUCUACUAACGGAUCUUUGGGAUCAUUGGCAAACAAUUGUGGCACCAAUCUGAAAGCAAGCACUGACAACAGUAUGAGCUUUCAAGCCAACGGAAAUAAUAGCUUGGCAUUCAAUAAUCCACAAUCAGUUGAGUCAUUGAAAUCAAUCCAAAAGACUUCUACAAUAGAUGUGGGUAGUUUGAAUAGUGGUCAUAAUCCACAGAGUUCAAUCGGUUUCAUGAAACAGAAUCAAGAUAUAUCUACUUUAGAUUCAUAUAAUGAUGGGAGAUCAAUGGAUCUCGGAUCUAUAUUUGGUUCCAGCAAAAAAGGGCAGCUUGCACCUAAACUUGCUCCACCACCAUCAACUACUGCUGGCCGAGGAAGAGUAAGAGUAAGAGGAAGAGGAAGGGGAAGGGGGACCACUUCAACCUCAAGGCCUAACCAUGCCAAACCACAUUCGGAACAGCCGCCCCUUUUGGACUUGCUGUAAUGGGUUGGAUUGAUCGUCUUCUCCGAAUGAAAGGAGAGGGUUAGCAAAGAGAGGAGAGUUUCAGGAUGUGCACUUCUGAAGUAGCCAUCCCGUAACAAGGCAUUUUAGUUUUUAUGUUAGCCUAAGUUACAAUUUGGGCAAGCAAUUGCCAGUGGCCAUAAUUGUCCCUUUUUUUUUGGUAUUCCUUUACCUAUUCUUUAUUUUUUAAAUGAUUGUGAUGUUCAGUUGGAACCGUUAAACUUUCCGCCGUUUGGGAGUAAUUAUGGCUGGAAAAAAGGUGUAUUCUUCAAAACAAUUCCAGUUCAAGCAACUGGUUUAGAGAAAAUAAAAGGAAAAAUAUUUCAUUCUA